GUGAGACUUGAGUAAGUGCCUGCAGGGGCCUGAGGCCAUCAUGUUGCAGAGCACAUGUCCCGGGCUGUACCUGCCAGGCUCAGCAGUACUUAAGAGGCAGCAGAAAACCAAGGCCAGGGUAGGCGGUUGUGAGCCCCUCCCCCACCUCAGCUGCCCUCAUACCUUCUAGCUCAUACCUGUCUCUCAAAGCUCCCACUCCACCAGAGGAAGCCCCACACUGGCCCUCUGGGGCUCCCAUCUCAGCCUCCCCUGGCUGCCUGGCUGCUCUGUCUGCCUGCCUAUCUGUGAGGGUCGUGUUAGACAGCGUCCAUAUGCAGUGCACUUUGCCAGCCCCCACAUCCAGUGAGCAGGCCUCAGGGUCCUCGAUGAUGCCAGGCCCCAUGCCAGUGGGGGCGGCUGGUGUGGGUUCAGGGAUCAUAUGGAUAAAAGAAUAAUUGUGACCCAUGACAGUGACCCAAGCUGUGGAAGAGGGACAUGAGAUGCUUUGAGUGGUUGGAGAGGCUAGGGGAGGCAUGCUGGUGUCGGGCAGGGGCAGGGUGAGUGUGCUGGGUGGAAGGAGUUACAGCUGCAGAUGGGGAAUGAGAGGGUGCAGGGACUGGGUGCAGGGCUGGGCCGGGCUGGGGGCAGAGAGCAGAGCUGCAUGCAGAGGGUCACGCUGAUUACUGUAGAAGCAACAGGAAAGCACUGGGGUGUUUAAAGCCAGAGGUGGGUGGCCGUGGUGUCAGGUGAGCAGAUCUGCAUUUCGAGGCUCCCCAGCUGCAGUGUGGACAGAGCAUUUUCUUGGUGGGGUGAUGCGGCGGCCAAAAGUAAAGGAGGAACAACCUCUGAGAGAGAGAGGAGCCUCUCGGGCCAGGGGUGGUGCAGAUGUGGGAUGUGACAGAUAUGGGAGACAGGAGACAGGAGGAGAGAGCUGUGGGGUUGGCUGUGGGCUGGCUGUGUGGUUGGGGGUUGUGAGGCUGACUCCUGGGUUAUGGGCUGGAGGAGGGCCCUGCCACUGAGACAAGGACAAGACGGGGUGCUCCUGGUGUGGCUGGGGGCCGGUGGGAUUGGAGGCACCUGGGACCUCUGAAUGGAGGUGUCAGUUGAAUCUGUGGACUGGGCUCUGCCCUGCGCUGAGGCUGGAAGGGUGGGCGUCGUCUGUGUGUAUGUGGUACCUCUAGAGGGACGCUAGGGUCCCCAUGGGGAGAGGAAGAAGUGAGAAGAGGUGGCCCAAGGAGCCGAGGAAGGAUCAGAACCUGCAAGAGAGACAGAAGGAGCCUCCUGGUGGGAGGAAGGAAGCCAAGAAGGACCAGCUCUCUGUUUCCUGAGACCCAGGGCUUCCCCGGGAGGUGGCCAGGGGCACUGGGAACAGUGAGUGAUACCUACGGAUCUGGGGUCGUGGGCAACCUUUGGGACCUUUUGAGGUAUGCUGCUGCCUGAAGCCGUAUGUGAAGGAAGGCAGGAGGUGAGGAAAGAUCUGGCAAGGAAGGGUUUAUCUGGGAAGUGUGGCUGGCCAAGGGGAUGGGGUGACAGGAGCUGGUUGUUGGGAGGCAGGGUUGGGGACUCCUCUGAAAGAGAAAAUGUGGGAUCUGCAUACUCAGGAGGAUCCCAUUUCCAACUUUCCCUUCUUUUCUCUGCUUUCUUGGAAGCCCCAUUUCCCAGUCUUUAUCGACUUUUCCCCAUUUGAUUUAUUAAACUGUAGGUCCAGACACUGGCCUGAGCUCCAGGGGUUGAGGGGUAAAUAUGACAGGGCUACUGUUUCUCCAAGACCCUAAGGAGCUGCUGCUUUAGGCCGAGGCAGUCACACCAUGUGGUUUGCUUGCUCAAGUUAAAUGCUGGUGAGCACUGUGUUUCCACGUGUGUAUGUGAGACAGACAAACACAGAAUGAGACAGAGGGAGGAAGGAAAAAGCUGGGAGGAGAGCGGAUUGUCACAGCAGAUUUUUUUCUUGUGAUCACCCAAGUAUAGUAGUUUGUGCUUGUUUUACAAAUUUUGGAGAGCAGUUAAAAAGUAAAGAAGCAAAAAAAAAAAAAGUAAAUCCUCUCAGGGACAGGACCUGUCACCAUUUUGACAUCGUUCUGUAUUUUUCCUGUAUGUGUUGAAAUCAUACUCUCUACGUUUUUUUUUUCUUCAGCAUAAUAAAAUUGUCUCCAGUCCAUCAAAAACUUAACAAAUGUCACAGGAAAUAUUUUACCAUGUAGAUUUACAGUUUACUCAUUGGAGCUCCUGCUUGCAGAAGUCUGGGUUGCUUCUACUUGGCAUCACUGCGUGACAAGUUGUCAGGUUUGAAUGCAUUUGUAUAUAGGGGUUUUUCUCUACCUUUAUAUGAUUUUCUUAGCCUAGAGCAGUGGAGGGCAAACUUUUUCUGUAAAGGGCCAGAUAGUAAAUACUUCGGGGUUUGCAGGCCAAGCUAUCUCUGUCAGUAUCACUUUGUAACAAAGAGGCAGCUGUGGACACUACAUAAAUGAUGGGUGUGGCCAUGUUCCAGGAAAACUGCAUUUGUAGAACCAGGUGGUAGGUUGGAUUUGGCCCGCUGGGCCUUACAGCUUGCCCACCCCGACCUAGAUUCCUGCCAGGAAUGUUGCUGGCUCUAGGCUGUGAAGAGUUUUAAGAUGGAUAACAUUUUCACCAGCUGCUUCCCCCAGGAGUAACGCUGGCUGCCCUGGGGCUGUUCUGCAGAUGUUGUGGGCUCCAGCUUGGGUUUGGGAGGAGACGUGUGUCUGUGGGCUAGCAGUCCGGCCCUCUGAGCCUGGAGAAUGGAUGGAGCAGAGACGCUUGUCCCACAGCUGAGCCCACAAGGAGGUGUGCGGAAAGCACUAGCCCCUGAGGUCGGGCCGGGCUCUGGGCUGCCUGCUUUUCCUCCCGCCUCACAGCUCCAGUGGUGCCUCAAGGGAGCAGGGCUGCAGCCCUGUGGCAGCUGGGUGGCUUGACAGAAGGGUGGCAGAAAGAUGCCUUGGUUUCUCCAGUGAUGGAGCAGCCCUGGGGCAGACACGUGUGGUUUCCACACCCCGUGAAUAUUCUGUAGCUGCCGCACAGAUCAGCUGCCUAGGGCAUGGCCCUGGAGAGGGAGGAAGGAAGCUGUGGGGCCCAGGGCAAGCUGGGGCCACUUCUGUCAGAGCUCACCCAGGCUGCUCCACCAGCACUCCACCCUGGGCUGCGGUACCGUUGCCUAGACCACCCUUCCCCUGAGACCUGCAGCCCACAAGGCUGGUCUAGCCUGUGGCCUGGAGGGAGGUGACGCCACUGGGCCUUGUGUUCUCUGCCUCCUGUCCCCUCAUCUCCAGUCCCUCGCACCCCCUCUCCAGCCCCAGGCAAGCUGUCGGAGGUGCAGAUGUCUGAGGUUUGAUGUGGGUCAUUUCCUGUGGAGCAGCCAGAGGCACCACCCCUCCCCAGAGCUCACGGCCCAGCCGGAGCCCCUGGCGUGGUUGAAUCUGGUUCUGACGGGGCUUCGAAGGGACAGAUCAGGAGUUGGGCAUGUCUCCUGGGGUCCUGCCAUGUUCCAUGUUCAGAGGCAGCCAGGACAAGCAGCUGCGGAUCUUUGACCCCAGAGCUAAGCCUGAGGCCUCCCAGAGCACACAAGCCCAUGAGAACAGCAGGGAUGGCCGGCUAGUGUGGACGGGCACCCAGGAGCACCUUGUGUCCACCGGCUUCAACCAGAUGCGUGAGCGUGAAGUGAAGCUCUGGGAUACCCGGCUCUUCUCUAGUGCCCUCACCUCGCUCACCCUGGACACCUCUCCCAGGUCUCUGAUGCCCCUACUGGACCUAGACUCCGGGCUCCUGGUCCUGGCAGGAGAGGGCGAGAGUCAGCUGUACUGCUACGAGGUGGCCGCCCAGCAGCCGGCACUGAUCCCAGUUACCCAGUGCCUCCUGGAGAGCGCACUGCGAGGGGCAGCCCUUGUGCCCCGGCGGGCACUGGCUGUCAUGGGCUGCGAGGUGCUCCGAGUCCUGCAGCUGAGUGACACGGCCAUCGUGCCCAUCAGCUACCACGUGCCCCGCAAGGCUGUGGAGUUCCACGAGGACCUGUUCCCGGACACUGCAGGCUGUGUGCCUGCCUCCGACCCCCAUGCCUGGUGGGCUGGGGACAACCAGCAGGUGCAGAGGGUCAGUCUCCACCCAGCCCGCCGGCCCCACCCCAGCUUCACUUCCUGCCUGGUGCCCCCUGCAGAGCCCACCCCUGAUGCAGCCCAGCCUGCAGAGACGCCUGUGGGUGACUCGGACCCCAGCGAGGGCUUCUCCUCCCCGCCCAGCUCGCUGACCUCACCCCCCACGCCCUCCAGCCUGGGGCCCUCGCUCUCCAGCACCAGCGGCAUUGGCACUAGCCCCAGCCAGAGGUCCCUGCAGAGCCUGCUGGGCCCCAGUUCCAAGUUCCGGCAUGCUCAGGGCACUGUCCUGCACCGAGACAGCCACAUCACCAACCUCAAGGGGCUCAACCUCACCACGCCUGGCGAGAGCGACGGCUUCUGUGCCAACCGGCUGCGUGUGGCUGUGCCCCUGCUCAGCAGCGGAGGACAGGUGGCCGUGCUCGAGCUGCGGAAGCCUGGCCGUCUGCCGGACACAGCACUGCCCACGCUGCAGAAUGGUGCAGCCGUGUCUGAUCUGGCCUGGGACCCUUUUGACCCCCAUCGCCUUGCCGUGGCCGGGGAGGACGCCAGGAUCCGGCUGUGGCGGGUGCCCCUAGAGGGCCUGAAGGAGGUGCUCACCAUGCCUGAGGCUGUGCUCACAGGCCACACAGAGAAGAUCUAUUCUCUGCGCUUUCACCCGCUGGCAGCUGACGUGCUGGCCUCCUCUUCCUAUGACCUCACUGUUCGGAUCUGGGACCUUCAGGCUGGAGCCGAGCGGCUGAGACUACAGGGCCACAGGGAUCAGAUCUUUGGCCUGGCCUGGAGUCCCAAUGGGCAGCAGCUGGCCACUGUCUGCAAGGAUGGGCACUUGCGGAUCUACGAGCCCCGGAGUGGCCCUGAGCCUCUGCAGGAAGGCCCAGGGCCCGAGGGGGCCCGUGGAGCCCGCAUUGUCUGGGUGUGUGAUGGUCACUGUCUCCUGGUGUCUGGCUUUGACAGUCGAAGUGAGCGUCAGCUACUCCUGUAUUCGGCUGAGGCUCUGGCCGGUGGUCCCUUGGCAGUGCUGGGGCUGGAUGUGGCUCCCUCGACCCUGCUGCCCUGCUACGACCCGGAUACCAGCCUGGUGCUGCUCACAGGCAAGGGUGACACCCGCGUGUUCCUGUAUGAGCUGCUACCCGAGGCUCCCUUCUUCCUGGAGUGCAACAGCUUCACGUCUCCCGACCCCCAUAAGGGCUUCAUCCUUCUGCCCAAGACAGAGUGCGAAGUACAGGAAGUGGAGUUUGCCCGAUGCCUGCGACUUCGCCAGACCUCCCUGGAGCCUGUUGCCUUCCGGCUGCCCCGAGUCAGGAAAGAAUUCUUCCAGGAUGACGUGUUCCCAGACACAGCCGUGAGCUGGGAGCCGGUGCUCAGUGCUGAGGCCUGGCUGGGAGGUGCUAACGGGCAGCCCCGGCUUCUCAGCCUGCAGCCGCCAAGCAUGACUCCAGUGAGCCAGGCCCCGCGUGAAGCUCCUGCCCGGCGGGCCCCACCCUCAGCACUCUACUUAGAGGAGAAGUCGGACCAGCAGAAGAAGGAAGAGCUGCUGAGUGCCAUGGUGGCGAAGCUGGGGAACCGGGAGGACCCUCUCCCACAGGAUUCCUUCGAAGGACUAGCCUGCCCACCAGCCACCUCUAGCCUCACCUGCUGCCACCUCCUAGAACCACCUGGUGCCCCUUGUACACCUCACGUCUCACCUUCAAACUGGAAGAUGCCUCUUGGCCCUGGCACACCUCAUCCUGGAAGCCCUGGCUUCAUUUGGGUCUUGGGCACCUCCAUGGCCUCUGGGCUGGGCCCUGCUGCAACUCCCAUGGAUUGUCCGCAUCUUUGCUUUUUCUGGGACUGACUGCUUCUCCGCUGCCUGCUAGCAUGUGGAGCCAGGGGCGUAUGGGUGCGGAUGGGGGCUUAGUGGCAUGUCCCUGGGCAGGCGCUGGGCUCUCUGUCCCCUCACUCUGACCUGGGCUGGUCCCAGCUUGAGCUGGCUUCGCCCAGCACCUUCAAAUAUUACAUGCCGUCUCAUCUUGCCUGCUGUUCCAGUUCCGGUCAAGGGCUUAGGGGGCUGGCCCCCCGCCAGGCCGCUUGGAGCAGCACCAGCCUCAGGGGCCUGGGACCAGUCACUCUGCUCCCCAAGCUUGAAGCCAGGAGGAAUAUAGGCAUCACAGGAGUGAUAGCCCAAUUGGCAGGGUGGUGUGAGCCCUGCAGGGACCACCAGCCUGCAUGUGCCCUUGAUGUUUUCAGCAAUUAAACUUUUCUAAGCUGGCCA